AUGUGGCUAAAUGUGAUAGCAGUGGCAUUCUUGGCUACCUCGGCGUCGGCUGCCACAGCUGCUUCUCCCGACAAAGUCCUCAGUAAACAUGCCACCACAAUGGCUGACAACAGUGCCAACUUGGCUUUCAAUCUUUACCAACACAUGGCAAAGGAGAAGAAUGUUGAAAACAUCCUGGUUUCUCCUGUUGUGGUGGCAUCCUCUCUGGGUUUGAUGGCUCUUGGGGGAAAGGCCUCGACAGCCUCACAGGUCAAAACUGUUUUGAAUGCAGCGAAAGUGCCAGAUGAGCAGCUGCAUUCUGGUUUGGCCGAGCUUUUGACUGAGGUGAGUGACCCCAAGACCCGCAAUGUUACCUGGCAGAUGAGCAACCGUCUGUAUGGACCCAGCAGUGUAAACUUUGUGGAUGCUUUUGUGAAGAGCAGCAAAAAACACUAUGAUUGUGACGCUGCAAAAAUCAACUUCAAAGAUAAGAAAAGUGCUCUGAAUUCCAUCAAUGAAUGGGCUGCAAAGUCCACUGAUGGCAAAGUGCCUGAGGUCACAAAAGAUAUAGCCAAGAGUGAUGGUGCAAUGAUCAUCAACGCUAUGUUUUUCAAACCUCACUGGGACGAGGAAUUUCAUCAUAAAAUGGUGGAUAACCGCGGAUUCAUGGUCUCACAUAGCUAUACUGUCUCCAUAGAGAUGAUGCACCGCACGGGUAUAUAUGGCUUCUACGAGGACAAAACCAAUAAGGUGACCAUUCUGAGCAUGCCACUGGCUCUUAAGAAGUCUAGUCUGGUGUUCAUCAUGCCUAACCAAGUCGACAGUCUGGACGGAGUGGAGAAGAUGUUGACCAAGAAGCAGCUGGAUUCUUGGAUGAGUAAGCUGCAACAGACGGCAGUGGCUGUGUCUCUGCCAAAAGUCAGCAUGGAAGUCAGUCACAAUUUAGAGAAACAUCUUGAAAAGUUGGGUCUGACAGAGGUGGUCAACAAAUCCAAAGCAGACUUGUCCAAAAUCUCUGGGAAAAAGGACCUCUACCUAUCCAGCGUCUUUCAUGCAGCAACCAUAGAGUUAGCCACAGAAGGAAAUGAGAUGGACACUUCCAUCUUUAACACAGAUAAACUGAAGUCACCCAAACUGUUCUAUGCAGAUCAUCCUUUCAUUUUCUUGGUGAAGGACCAGAAGACGAACUCCAUCCUGUUUAUUGGCAGGCUGGUCAGGCCAAAGGGUGAAAAGAUGAGAGACGAAUUAUAA